AUGGCAGACAAUCAACCUAAGAAGUCCAGGAAGAGACGCCACUGCUGCCCUGACUUACCAGCCAAGCGACACCUGCUUGACCCUCCACAGUCAUCUCAGAGGCGUCUUGUGCUCUACACCCCAUCCAGUGAGCUCCUGAGGUGCCUCGGACGCUUUCUACAAAAAAGAUGUUAUAAGCUGGAUCUUUCUGCUACACUGCCUAUAGGAUGGCUGAGAAACAUUGACAAUUUUCUCCUUUAUAACCGUUACCAACCCGAAAGUUUCCUAAGCUCAGGUAGCGUUGUAUUUCUCUAUAUGCUAUGCAGAGACCUCAUCUCCCCUGAGGCAGACAGCAUACGACAGCUUCAAGUCUCGUUUCUCACAUGUUACUAUAUCUCCCACUGCUACAUCGGCAAUGAGCUUGGGUACCCAGAAACACCAUUCCUGGUGGGCAGCUCAAGGACAGCCUUUUGGGACAGAUGCUUAUCAUAUAUCUCAAUUAUGAGUUCCAAGAUGAUGGAGAUCAAUGACAACCGCCAGGUUUAUAGCGAGACACUUGCUGAGCUAAAAGCUGAAGGAAGAUAA